AAAUUGUUUAGAAACACUAUUACUCCGACUGUUGAAGCCUUUCUGGUUCCGUGACAAUCACCAUGAGACACAAGGGCCCAAAUCAAGCGCCGCGAAGGAAACUGAUACCCAACCUUUUCAGUAAUAUUCUGAAUGUGAUCGCCGAAUCGGAUCGACCGUUGACACAGCAGGAGAUCGUUGAGGCCGUCGCGGAACGCUUGAAUCGUUGCGAUGAGGAGCUGAAGCGCCAGAUUACCGUCAAUCUCCAUGAUGCCAUCAUCUAUGGGUAUCUGCGGAUGAAAGACUAUCGCUAUUCCAUCGUCCAAAAUCGCUUCAGUGCGAAUGAGCAGCGAGAACUAAGCCACAAUCACAGUGCAUCCACGGAAAAGUCCAGCCGUAGCCCGGAGAAUACUCACACCAUAAAAUAGAGAGAGUUUGAAUACGAAAGUGCAUCGUAUCGAAACUAGCAAACAUACUUGGGCUCAACAAAUAAAAUUCACUUCAUAAUCAAAUUAACUGUGGAAUAAAUGAAAACGCCACAGUC